ACUCCAGCCUGGGUGACAAGAGUGAAACUCCAUCUCAAAAAAAAAAAAAGAAUCCAGACCCCACAAUUCAAAAUCCCAAAUCUACCAUUUGUAGUCUAGGCCCCAGGCUUCUCAUAGCAGGUGCAAAGGUUUCCAGUCUCAAGUGCCAGAUUCCAAACACCAGAUUCCGGGCUGCUACUCUGGGCUCUAGAUUCGAAUGCCCCAGGAUCCAGAAUCUAGGUUCAAGAUCUGUCACUCAAAGGCCCGACUCCAGGAUCCAGAUUCCAGACCCCAAGCCCAAGAACUCAGACUUUGAAAUCCACACUCCAGACUGCAGGUCAUUAAUCUCCAACUCAAGAUCCCCAAAUCUGGAAUCCAAGACCCAGAUCCAGAACCGACGAUGUGGAUCCAGAACCCAGGAUCCGGAACUCUGCCCCAAGCCCCAGAACAGUGACUCUAGGAUCCAGUUUCCACACUCCAGACCCCAAAUUCCAGACUCUGUCUUUUGAUCUCCUCCUAAUUUCUGUUUUUGUCCUCCUGUCCCCUCCCCCUUAAGGAACUGCCCCUGGUGGAGAAUUCCUCCUUGUGGACUCAGACAACAGCUUCAACCUAAUAAAUGCUCAUUAGGCCAAGUCUCCCACCCCACCAGCCACCAAGGCGUCUCUGCCUGUAAACCUGACUCUCAGCCACCUCCCACCCCACCCUACACCACCACACCCCCAGACCCAGCUGGGACUGGGAGCUUAUAAAUUCAGGCAUCCUGGUGUCUGCUCCCUUUCUUCUGGCACCCAAGCUACCCUAGAUGCUGCUGGAGGACCUGGAGGAGACUGCAGCGGAACCCUGGUCCCUCCUCCACAAUGUGGCUUCUCCUCACUCUCUCCUUCCUGCUGGCAUCCUCAGCCCAGGAUGGUGACAAGUUGCUGGAAGGUGACGAGUGUACACCCCACUCCCAGCCAUGGCAAGUGGCCCUCUACGAGCGUGGACGCUUUAACUGUGGCGCUUCCCUCAUCUCCCCACACUGGGUGCUGUCUGCGGCCCACUGCCAAACCCGCUUCAUGAGAGUGCGCCUGGGGGAGCACAACCUGCGCAAGCGCGAUGGCCCAGAGCAACUACGGACCGCAUCUCGGGUCAUCCCACACCCGCGCUACGAAGCGCGCAGCCACCGCCACGACAUCAUGUUGCUGCGUCUAGUCCAGCCCGCACGCCUGACCCCCCAGGUGCGCCCCGUGAUGCUACCCACGCGUUGCCCCCACCCGGGGGAGGCCUGUGUGGUGUCUGGCUGGGGCCUGGUGUCCCACAUCGAGCCUGGGACCACCCGGAGCCCCCAGUCACAAGUGAGUCUCCCAGAUACGUUGCAUUGUGCCAACAUCAGCAUUAUCUCGGACACGUCUUGUGACAAGAGCUACCCAGGGCGCCUGACGAACACCAUGGUGUGUGCAGGCGCGGAGGGCAGAGGCGCAGAAUCCUGUGAGGGUGACUCCGGGGGACCCCUGGUCUGUGGGGGCGUCCUGCAGGGCAUUGUGUCCUGGGGUGAUGUCCCUUGUGACAACACCACCAAGCCUGGUGUCUAUACCAAAGUCUGCCACUACUUGAAGUGGAUCAGGGAAACCAUGAAGAGGAACUGACUAUUCUGGCCUAUUACCUGUGCCCCUGACUGAGCAGAGGCCUCCACAGCUGGCCAGCAGCCCCACCUGACAUGGAACAGAAUGGAGCCAUCCCCCAAGACCCUGUCCAAGGCCCAGAUGUUAGCCAAGGAUUGUCCCACCUGAGGACAAAGCUGGCGCUCAAGGUCACCUGUUUAACGCCAAGAUAACAAAGCACUGAUCCAAGCUUCUCUGUAGGAAUUUCUGUGACUUUUUUCUGGGGUCAAAGGGAAACCCAGAGACACUGUACACUGUUCCUUUUCACCUACCACCCCGAUCCCUAGGUGAGGAGAAGCGGCUUGAAGCAGGGCUCCAUUCAUUCAACACACAUGACCACCCGUGUGAUCUUGAACAAGAGGCCCAAUCUCCCUUGGCCUUGGUUUCCCCAUCUGUAAAAUGAGACCAUCUUAUUGCUGACUUCAAAGGGCUAUUUUGAGGAUUAAAUGAGAUGAUUUGUCUGAACUGAUUAAAAUAGUGUCUGGCACUGA